AUGUCUGGACCGCCCGAUCAGUGCUCCGUGUGCGAGAGCACCUCCAUACAGGCGUGCUCGGGCUGUAGGACGGCUGUGGCGAGGUUCUGCGACGAGAAGUGUCAAAAAACGUACUUCUGCCGACUUGCCCGCGUGACACCCAAUCCUCCGCCAUUCUCCUUCCCGCCCUUGACGACCGAAGAAGCAGCCUUCUUCCUCCCUCGUUCUACCGAUCUUCAAGUCCCGUAUACUCGCAGCUGGCGGACGGAGGAGACGCAUUCGUGGAUCGACCUCUUUGUCGAGAAUGGCUGGUGGCCGCACGACGGAGCGGAUGCCAUGUCCAUGUGCCUAGCCGAGCUGCAGAAGCCGCCAUUGACUUGCGCGAUUCCCGAACCCGGCCGCUCACUCGCCUUGAUGGAGCUGAAGGGCCUCUAUGGCGUGCAUCACAGCAUGCUCGCGACUUUCGCAGCCUCGCCCUGGACUCUCGCGGGCGGCGACUGCUCGUCCGUAAUCCGUCAGCUGUACCGGUACUAUAGGCAUAAGGGCGAAGAGCCGCCCGACGACCUCAUCGCGCGCAUCUCGCCGCUCCUCCACCAGGACGUCAUCUUCCACACCAUCGCCGUCGACCAGUGGAUCUCUCCGGAAAUGGAGAGGCUGGCUGCGCGGCGGAUGGCGGAUUGGGUCGAGCAGUUUGAGGAGGAGGAAGGCUUCAAGGAGUGCUUGCGAUUCCUCACGCAGGUCUGUACGCGUACGGCAUCGGGCGUCGAGCAGUGCGUCGUCUCCUGA